GUUAAUAUGACAUGACGUGUUUCCGCUCUCGUCCUCAGCGUGCCUUAAGCUAAGCUAAGUGGGCAAAAUAUGUAUCGAUUUUAACAGUUAUUUCGUGUUUCUUGAAAAAAAUAAAGGCACGGAUGAAUAUUUUGACAUGACUACGGAGGGGUUGACAUAUCCGUUAAGUGUCCUUACCGGAAACUUGUGAGCUAAUAACUUAUUUGUAGCUGGUGCUAGCUGAGUUAGCUAACUCACAGACCGCUACCUCUACCACAACAACAACGUUGUUGCUAACCCUAACCCUUGACAAGCGGCACCAUGGCCAGUCUAGAGCAGUGGGUGAACGACCGUCUCCAUGACAUCCUCGGGUUGAGUGACAGAUAUGUCUCCCAAUUCAUGAUCGGCACUGCACGGAAAGCAUCGAGUUCUCAGGACUUAGUGCAUCGUCUCGAGCAGACGGGCACGAUUGACAUUGACCAAAAUGUGAUUGCCUUUGCAGAGGAGCUCUUUAAUAAGAUUCCUCGCAAGCAGGUUGUUGAGAAACCGGCGCGGGCGAUGGAGCGGGAAGCCAUUGAAAUGGACAGGAGGAAUCGGACGUACACAUUAUUGGAAGACAGCGAAAGUGAUGAAGACACUGUGACGGAGAAGCAGAAAGGGAAAAAGAAAAGCAAAGACAAGGACAAAGGAAACAAGAGGAAGCACAUCAGACAGAAGAAAGAGAGCGAGUCAUCAAGUGAGGAAGAAGCACCUAAAAGGGGUAAUUCAGACCACAAGUCUGACAAGAAAGUUGAGGAGGAAGAGGAAGAGUGGGAGAAGGAAGAGCGAGAGCGACAGCAGGACAUCGAAGAGAGGGACGCUUUUGCUGAGCGAGUGAAGCAGAAAGACAAAGACAAGACCCGUAACAUAACCGAGAGGACUGACAAAAAGGCUUAUGAAGAAGCUCAGAAGAGACUGAAGUUGGCUGAAGAUGAUCAGAAGAAUAUGCUGCCAGAGUUGAGGAAGCACUCUCGAUGGGAUUAUCUAAAGAAGCGAGAGUCAGAGAAGUUGGAGGACCUGGAGGCAGAGAUCCAUGACGAUGAGUACCUUUUCUCGAUGGAUGAGCUCACUGAGAGGGAGAAAAAGGAGUUGGAAUACAAACGCACCCUUCGGGACCUGGCUAAAGAUUACAAAAAGGCCGGUGCAAAGGAACAGGAGGAGAGGAAGAACAGGUACUACAUGCCGGAAGAGAAGAGAAGCAAGGAGGUGCCCCAGAGGGACCUGGAGCUGGAGGAAACUCCCAUGGAGCUGGGAGGAGAGCAAGGCCGCUGGGAGGAGGAGAGGCUGAAGACGGCCUCUCUCAGCUUCGGGGCCAAAAGGGAGCGAGAGCAAGGCAUGAGGCGCGAGCAGGAGAAGUACGAGCUGAUCCUGGAGGAGGAUGAGAUGAUCGACUUUGUCAGCACCGCCAUUACCAUGAAGGGAACUCGGGCGGAAAAAGAUCAGGAGGCCCCAGCUCUGUCCCAGGCGGAGCUGAACAAAAAGUCCAUGCAGGAGGUACGACGCAGCCUUCCCAUCUUCCCCUACAGAGAGGACCUGCUGGCGGCCAUCCAGGAGCACCAGAUCCUUGUCAUUGAGGGGGAGACCGGCUCCGGAAAGACCACCCAGAUUCCACAGUACCUCUUAGAAGAUGGCUACACUCAAGGCGGCAUGAAGAUCGGAUGUACACAGCCUCGCAGAGUGGCAGCCAUGUCAGUCGCAGCCAGAGUGGCACAGGAAAUGAGUGUCAAGCUUGGGAAUGAGGUGGGAUACAGUAUUCGUUUUGAGGACUGCACGUCAGAGAGAACUGUGCUCAAGUACAUGACAGACGGCAUGCUGCUCAGAGAGUUUCUCACAGAGCCCGACCUGGCCAGCUACAGUGUGGUCAUCAUAGAUGAGGCCCACGAGCGAACGCUUCACACAGACAUCUUGUUUGGUCUGAUUAAGGAUAUCGCCAGGUUCAGACCGGACCUGAAGGUGCUGGUGGCCAGCGCCACUCUGGACACAGAACGUUUCUCCUGCUUCUUUGACGACGCGCCUGUCUUCAGGAUCCCCGGCAGGAGGUUCCCUGUCGAUAUUUUCUACACAAAAGCUCCGGAGGCUGACUACCUGGAAGCUUGUGUGGUGUCGGUGCUGCAGAUCCACGUCACCCAGCCUCCUGGAGACUGUCUGGUCUUCCUCACUGGACAGGAGGAGAUCGAAGCGUGCUGCGAGAUGCUCCAGGAGCGAUGCAGGCGGCUCGGAUCAAAGAUAGCCGAGCUGCUGGUCCUCCCUAUUUACGCCAACCUGCCAUCAGACAUGCAGGCGAAGAUCUUCAACCCAACUCCCCCCGGAGCCCGUAAGGUGGUGGUGGCUACCAAUAUAGCAGAAACCUCACUGACCAUAGAUGGCAUCAUCUACGUCAUUGACCCAGGCUUCUGCAAACAGAAGAGUUACAACGCCCGCACCGGCAUGGAGUCACUCAUCGUCACGCCCUGCUCACGGGCUUCAGCUAACCAGAGGGCAGGCCGUGCUGGCAGAGUGGCUGCUGGGAAAUGUUUCAGGCUUUACACAGCCUGGGCCUUUAAACACGAGAUGGAAGAAACCACUGUCCCUGAGAUUCAGAGGACCAACUUGGGAAAUGUAGUCCUUCUGCUGAAGAGUUUAGGCAUCAACGACCUGAUUCACUUUGACUUCAUGGACCCACCUCCUCAUGAGACUCUGGUCUUGGCGCUGGAGCAGCUGUACGCCCUGGGAGCACUUAACCACCUGGGAGAGCUCACCAAGCUGGGUCGCAGGAUGGCUGAGCUACCGGUGGACCCGAUGCUGAGCAAGAUGAUCCUGGCCUCCGAGCAAUACAAGUGUUCGAAUGAAGUGUUGACGAUAGCGGCCAUGCUGUCGGUGAACAACUCUAUCUUCUACCGGCCCAAAGACAAGGUGGUGCACGCCGACAACGCCAGAAUGAACUUUGUGGUGCCAGGGGGAGACCACCUGGUGCUGCUCAACGUCUACACACAGUGGGUGGAGAGUGGUUACUCCACACAGUGGUGCUAUGAGAACUUCAUCCAGUUCCGCUCCAUGAGAAGAGCCCGGGAUGUCAGGGACCAGCUGGAGGGUCUGAUGGAUCGUAUUGAGGUGGAGGUGGUCAGCAGCAAUGGAGACAACUUGCCCAUUCGUAAGGCGGUGACGGCAGGAUAUUUCUAUCACACGGCGCGACUGAGCAAAGGCGGCUACAAGACCGUGAAGCACCAGCAGACGGUCUACGUCCACCCCAACAGCUGUCUGUUCGAGGAGCAGCCCCGCUGGCUCAUCUACCACGAGCUGGUCUUCACCACCAAGGAGUUCAUGAGACAGGUGAUCGAGAUAGAGAGCGGCUGGCUGCUUGAAGUGGCACCGCACUACUACAAGAGCAAAGAGCUGGAGGACAGCAGCAGCAAGAAGAUGCCCCGCAAGCAGGGCAAAACAAAAGAGGAGCUGGGCUGACAAGGACACCGAGGCUCAGGGGACAGAUGGAAAAAAAUAAACACUCCCUUCCUCUCAGUGAAAGUAGAAAAAUCCAUAAAGAUAUAGAGGAACAGUGUUGGAAAAGUAGUUGUUUGGUAAAUAAACAGCUACAUGGUUCCAGCCUGUCUUCACAUGUGAAACUGUUAUCUGCUGUAGCUACGUGCUCUCACAGUAUCGCCAUUCGGAAUAUCAAAUUUAUUUGGCUACACAUAGUAGCCUGAGCAGAGACACGUGCCGCCAGAGGGAUGGGUCCAGAAAGAAAUAGGCCACAAACUGACAGACUGGUUUAAUCAUAAACCAGCUGGGCAACAACCAGGAAACUUUAAUGAACUUGGAUGAGAGUUUCCUGCAUUAACGGCAGCGUUACUGACUCACUGGGUGGGUUUUGCAGCUUAUUCAUGCUCAAACUGUUGGUUCAGUUUGUUCAGGUGCUUUUUGUUGACGUUCCUUCAAUAAAGAGGCUCUGUCAAACUCUGAAAGGAGUGCACUGUUCUGUGUGCAAAUGGACAAUUAGGUGGAGGAGUCUCCACCAAACUGAAGAGACUAAUUCACAAAUGAUGUUAUUCCCUCUCCUGCGAGGCUCCUUCCUUAUCUUGAUUGUUUUCAUUUUUCUACGUCAAUAAAGUUUUACAAUCA